GAUCAGACAGGAAUCUAAUUUAUUGCUUGCUGAGUGUUCUGUCUGGUGAAAGUCAUGUCAUCCAUAUUGCCAUUCACUCCACCAGUUGUGAAGAGACUUCUGGGGUGGAAAAAAUCUGCUGGAGGGGCUGCUGGUAGUGAGCAGAAUGGUCAGGAUGAAAAGUGGUGUGAAAAAGCAGUGAAAAGCUUGGUCAAGAAACUAAAGAAAACAGGACAGCUGGAUGAGCUUGAGAAGGCAAUUACCACUCAGAAUUGCAGUACAAAAUGUGUGACCAUACCAAGCACUUGCUCUGAAAUUUGGGGACUGAGUACACCAAACACGAUAGAUCAGUGGGAUACAACAGGCCUUUACAGCUUCUCUGAACAACCCAGAUCUCUCGAUGGCCGUCUACAGGUAUCUCAUCGUAAAGGAUUACCACAUGUUAUUUACUGUCGUUUGUGGCGCUGGCCAGAUCUUCACAGUCACCAUGAACUUAAAGCAAUUGAAAACUGUGAAUAUGCUUUUAAUCUUAAAAAGGAUGAAGUAUGUGUAAACCCUUACCACUACCAGAGAGUGGAGACACCAGUCUUGCCUCCUGUACUAGUGCCACGGCACACUGAGAUUCUAACAGAACUGCCGCCUCUCGAUGACUAUACCCAUUCCAUUCCUGAAAACACUAACUUUCCAGCUGGAAUUGAACCACAGAGCAAUUACAUACCAGAAACACCACCUCCAGGAUAUAUCAGUGAAGAUGGAGAAACGAAUGACCAGCAGUUGAACCAAAGCAUGGAUACAGGAUCUCCAGCAGAGCUGUCUCCUAGUACUCUUUCUCCAGUUAAUCAUAGCCUGGACUUGCAACCAGUUACUUACUCGGAGCCUGCAUUUUGGUGUUCAAUAGCAUAUUAUGAAUUGAAUCAAAGAGUGGGAGAAACCUUCCAUGCAUCCCAACCUUCCCUGACUGUAGAUGGCUUUACAGAUCCUUCAAAUUCAGAACGAUUUUGUCUAGGUUUACUUUCCAACGUAAACAGAAAUGCUACAGUGGAAAUGACAAGGCGACAUAUAGGAAGGGGAGUACGUCUCUAUUACAUUGGUGGAGAAGUUUUUGCUGAAUGCUUAAGCGAUAGCGCAAUUUUUGUUCAGAGCCCCAACUGUAAUCAAAGAUACGGCUGGCAUCCUGCAACUGUGUGCAAAAUUCCACCAGGAUGCAAUCUAAAAAUCUUUAAUAACCAAGAAUUUGCUGCUCUUCUGGCUCAAUCUGUGAAUCAGGGUUUUGAAGCAGUUUAUCAGCUUACUAGAAUGUGUACCAUAAGAAUGAGUUUUGUUAAAGGAUGGGGAGCUGAAUACAGGCGGCAAACAGUAACAAGCACUCCUUGCUGGAUUGAACUUCAUCUGAAUGGACCUCUACAAUGGUUGGACAAAGUAUUAACUCAGAUGGGCUCCCCUUCAGUACGCUGUUCCAGCAUGUCGUAAAACUCCUUCCUCUGUUACCAGUGGGCUAAACAUCGAGUCCAAUCAACAAACUUAAUAUAACAGUUCAUCUGUCAUAGUACUUGUGUGUGGUCCCCAUGAACUGUUCACCAUCCAAAAAUGUUUUGUAAAAAGAAAAAAAAAGAAAAACAG